AUGUUUUGCUUUGCUUUGGUCGCGCUCUCUAUCUCUCUCUCUGCCCCCCUAAAUUUCUCUCGUCUUCCCAGAUGAGUUCCAUCUACUUCAGAGUUGACGAUGCUCUCUAGUCUCUGCCCGAUCGUUCUGAUGAUGAAUCCAAGAGGUAGAAUUUGAUUGAUCUCCAGUUUUCUCCAGCAGAUCCAUUCUUCUCUGCUCCCUCUGUUCAAUGACUACUACUACAAGAGCCAAAGAGCCCGCCUCCUCCUCUUUCGCUUCUCGGACCAGCGGCAGCUAUGACGUGUUCUUGAGCUUCAGAGGCGAGGACACUCGCUGGACCUUCGCCGACCACCUGUAUACGGCUCUUAGGAACGCCGGAUUUCGCACCUUCAGAGACGAUGAUGAAAUCCAAAGAGGAGAAAACAUCAACGUUGAGCUGCAAAGGGCAAUCGAAGAGUCGAGGGUUUCAAUUGUUGUCUUGUCCAGAAACUACGCGUCUUCAACCUGGUGCCUCGAUGAGCUUGAGAUGAUCCUCGGAAGACGACGGAGGAGGGACUCUGGGCACGUGGUUCUGCCGGUGUUCUACGGCGUGGAUUCGUCAGAGGUCAGGAAACAAAAGGGAGUUUAUGCGGAGGCAUUUGCGAGGCAUGAAGAGCGAUUCAAGUUCGACGUGGGAGAGGGUGAAGCAGCAAAGGGGUGGAAGGAGAAAUUGAAGGGGUAGAGGGAAGCGCUAGGGGAAGUUGCUGGUUUAGCAGGAAUGCCAGAUGGAGUUGAUAGGUAUGAGUCAAAGCUUAUCCAAAAAAUUAUCAAGGAAGUUGAAGACAAGCUAAGCCGGCCAAGAGUUUUGAAUGUUGCCCCUUACCCCAUUGGACUACAUUCCCGUGCCGAAAGCAUUAAUUUGUGGUUACAAGAUGGAGGGGUUG